CCACACCCCGUUAAAUGACUAAUCAUGGCGGAGCACUCGUCGUGAAGAUCGCUUUCCAAGCAAGGAAAAGAAGCAAGGCUGGGCGGGGUGUGUUCCACCUGUGUCCAACGAGAGUUCCCGUGGAUUUUCUUCGUGUUUAUUUGAAGAGAGUACAAACACCUCCGGCACUCCGGGAAGAACUCGACGCGGGGAAUCGAGGAAUCUCAGCUUUGGAGCUUGGACGUAAAUCUUGAGUAAACACCACCAAAUUCGUUUCUUUCUCCUCACCACUGGCACUAAUGGCAAUUUUCGUGGAAUACAAAGAUCGAGCAAAGGGGGAGGGAGCAAAGCGUUGUUCGUACUUCGUACUUCGAGGGGAGAUUUUGUCAAUAAGCCAGGGUCAGAUUUGGAGGCGUUGAUAAGAGCCCCUCGUGGUACGGACACAUCUCACCCGUUUGAACACUGAAUUUCAACUACUAAUCCUCAUUUGUAUAGCGGAGUUGAGCUCGGAGUGCCAGUGAACUGAACAGAGCGUUGGAUUGGAUCUUGUCCACCGAUACGACGAUACGACCGACGAGUUCUUGAAGGAGCUCCAAAAAGCCUGGGCGCGCCCGUCGAUCGUCUUGUGGCUACAGAUAAGCGGGUAGUUGUUGGCGGUGGUGAGGAGGACGGAGUAGGAUGUCUCGGAAGGUUCCAGACCCGACGAGCGCAGACCUGGUCGGCUGAUGAAUGCUCCUGGAAAUUUACACCCAGAGCCUGAGCGCACCACGUUGGCCAGGUCAAAAACCCGAAACUUUGGGCAUUGUGGACUCUCUUUGGAAGCUGGUUGGCAGGAUUUGUUGGAAUAUGUUUGGGUCCAUCCAAAGGGGAAAGGGGAGGACGAGGAGGAAGAAGAGGAGGGCAAGUAGGUAAAGGUGAGGCGUGUUAGGUGAUGUUUGUGGUAGGCACAAGUUAAGAGUUCAUCCAGUAAAGAACGCGGAAAGUGGGAAAGCGAGGGUACAAAAACAGCGAAUCUCGUCCCACUUUAAUCAUCCCAAUUUAGACAUUUGCCCCAGCACAAAAAAAAAGAUACAGCUCGCAUUUGAGAGAGAGCUUGCGUUAGGUUAUAGAUAACCAGCCUGAAAACGUCUGUACGAAUGUGCAAGAAUCGUCAACAAGAUGAUCAGCUAGUGCUUUCAGCUGUAUGAUGCUUGCUCACAAAUUUGAACCAGGUCCCAUCUACAUAUCUUUCUUCCUUCAUGAUCUAAAAGCUCUGUCAAGAAUGGGCACAUUUCUUUGGUUACCUAACAAUAACUUCUCCAGUUUAUAAGUUUUUAAGUCAUUCCUUCGCUUUCCAAAUCCUUUCUUUCAUCAAAAGCCUGAUCUCAUCAUCCCACAUGUGUUGAUGUUUAUCAUCUCCCAUCAUCCUCUAUUCCUUCAUCCACCCUCGACAUACUUAUAUGUAUCAGGGACCGCUUCCAGGUACUAGCUACCAAUGCCUAUUUACUACAUAUCACCGAAAUUUGAAAUGCGUUGUUCAAUUUAUUCGCCCUCCGAGGGCACCUACAUACAUACAGUAUGUAUGUACCUAUGUAUAGAGAUGUUCACUUCUGUGCAUGAGCGCCUUCGUUAGAUCCGCUUUGACACGGAGAAAUCAUCACAUUAAAAUGGGAGGAGGAAACAACUGCGGAGCAAUUCCACCAGUAUCCGAUGAUUGAGAGGGAGACGCAAUCAAAAGGGGAGCGGUACGAAAAGAGAGAGAGAGAGAGGUCAUGCAAACGGAAGUAACACGUUCUCACUCACUCACUUCAAAAUAGAACAUUGUAGACAAUUGACGGAUGAUUGCAAUUGGAAGUGCUCACAGACAAUGAAGACGUUGCUCUCAUGGAGGAAGCUGUGUACAUAAUUCGUCUGACCCGGGACGACGCUUCAGACCGGAAGCGCCCAUUCACAGGAUUAUUACCCAGCGAGGAGAGGUAUUCCGCCUCUUUCAUGGCGGGAUCCGGUUGUGUUCAUAUCAUUUUGGGCCUCCUGAACGUCACCUUUGGUGGAUUGGCCUUGUUCGUCGAACCUGAGUGCAAUCAGUAUGGAUCCGGUCUUUGGACGGGAUUGAUUUUCGUGAUAUGUGGUGUGUGUGGAGUCUUGUCCAAGACCAGAUGGUAUGUUCGAAGUCAGAUUUUCUACUUUGUAUUGGGAUCAUUUCUGGCCAUGAUGGCCGCUCUCACCGCCGUGGUGAUGACCUCUUUGGGCGUGGAAAUGAAAAAGAACAGACUCAACCAGAUCCGGGCCCAAUAUGCCACCAACCCGUAUGUGAUCAGCUUCAAUGAAGAAGUUGAAAGCCAAACGACCUUCAUCGUGACCAGUAAUAUCUUUAUUACGAGUGUUCUGGAAUUCUUUUGGUCUUUAUGGUCGUUCAAAGUGGCCUUUGAUGGUUUCAUGACAAAGGAGUACCAAUUCGGCAACGAGCUCCAACCCUACGUCCCCACCCGUUCCGAUUCCAGAGUCAACAACCCAAGAGAUCUGGCCCCUGGUCAAUCUCGAUAUCAUCGCAAGGAGUUCCAUAUUCGGGCCAAGCUUCCCUUUGGAUCGUCCUCUGAAAGCAUUCUGAACAAUCCUCAUUUUCUCUGCAAUCUAUUAGCUCAACAACCCCAAGAGGACUACCACAUCACGAGGGUCAACCCAUUGUGCAUGGAAUCUUCAGAGUCUGAUGUCCAAGAACGGAUCGUGCCCUUCAGCACUCUCAGUCAAGAGGACAAAGUGGAACGAUAUUUGAGUCACUCGGUGUUCCUAGCACAAGCCGACAACGUUUGGCAUCGAGAUCAGACCGAGUUUAUUUCUUCAUGGAACAGCGUGGAAUAAACGCGCAUCUUUUGCGUGGCUUGAUAGAUCAGCAUGGCAAUGGGCGCCAUGAUCAGGCUACAAAGGGCCAGAACAAUGAUGAAAUUGUGAAAAGCCAGCCAAACGAAGAUCAGCCCUUGCUUGCAAUCCUCCCUGGCGACGAUCACGAUCACCACGCCGUCCAGGACGAUACCAAUGAGACAAAAUAAGAUGAUGGUGCCCAGCACCAUGUCAAUGUGGUCGUGAAUGAGUUCCUCGAGGCCUCGACACGUCUCGGAGAGGGCCGACUGGCAAUUGAAGAUGAGACUGGUCAAGCCUUGGAUCAUCUUCAAUCUCCAGUUGUAGUGGCUGAUGUUGAGAGUGGUGGUGAAGAGCGAGACGCCGAUGAAUAGGAACAGGGACAGCCGGAAGACCAAAGCCGAGCUUAGGUCAGAUCGUAAUUUCAGCCGUUUAUCCUUGUCACCUAUCUCAGGUGGUUCUUCACUCAUGCUGAAAUAUGCUAGUUUCUAGAUCGACUGAUGAUUCAUUCCACUGUGCAUCAGUUGCUAUUAGCUCCGCUGGUCAGCUUGAUAUUGGUUCUUGACGUCAUCAAUUUGCUCACGUCCAACCUUCGUCUGCAUGUGUCUGUACAUCGUAUGCUAUUUUUUUUCGCGAUCUUUGCCUCUGAGAUCAAGAUGAGGUUUAUAUCAUGUGAAGCGUGAAAUAUGAGACAGAGGUGAUUAUAAAAAAACAAAAAAAGGCGUUUUUUCUGGUCCCUGGCGUCUUGAACUUAAAAAGAAGAUAACAUACAAGCGUUAAUUCAUUAUUUUUUCUUUUUCAUUUUCGAAACAACGGACCAUUCUUAUUUUCAUUUGAAUGGUGUAAAUCCCGUUCAUUGUGGGAAUCAAUGUCGGGACGAAUCAUAGGUAUUUUUAUGGCUCACCUAUGUCGCUUAACAAUUUCAUUUCUUAUCUGAUACACUUUGAAGAACUGUUAUAUUGUCAGUUUUCCCCCUGCUGGUACGAUCACUACCGGAAAAUAAUUUGGAAUUCGGAGAAAUGCAAUUACAAUUACAUCCAAUUGUGUUUAUUUUACCGCUUUUACACACACUCCCAAAUAUCA